AUGAGGACAUUCAGAUUGAGUUUCUGUCGCCCAAAACUAUGUCACUUAUUCAGCCAAUGGAUCCAGGGGGUUAUUAGGGCGUUCAAUGCCCUAUACACAAAGAAUGUCCUGGCGAACCUGCUUGCUUCUGUGGAUGCCGCCCAAGAAGACGAAAAUUUUAACUUGAAGGCAUACCGGCGACAGUACACAAUUGCUACGUGCCUCCAAAUAACCCAGAAGAAAUUGAAAGAAAUCAAGAAUGCCGCCAUUAACGAGAGCUGGAAGAAUUUGUGGCCCGAGGUUAUUUACGACGACAAGGGAUUUACACCUGCCGAAAUCCAACACUCAGCACAGAAAGCUUUGCAGUUGGCUGCAAUCAUUGAAGGUAACAGCUUUGCAGACAUGACAACGGGAGACAUCGACGAGUUAUUAGACUGCCACUACCAGCCGUUAAUCGACGCAGACCUCGAAGACUUGAAGUCGGCCAGCAAAGAAGAAACACAGCAAGAAAUGGAAGAAAUUGUCGACUAA